AUGGACCCUGAGAUGAACGAUACAAACCUAGACCGUGCAUUGUUAAAUGUUGUAGAGGACGUGGAGAUGCUGAAUUUACAACAACAAGGUAAAUUCAGCAUCUCCACAGCAACUCCUGCCGUCAUUGCCGCCGCCGCCGCCGCCGCCGACAACGGCGACGACGCCGCUGCCGCUUCCACAGCAGCAGCCACCGCUAACGCUGCCGCCGCCGCAGCAGCCGUCGCCGCCGACAUCGUCGCGAGGAGUAUUCUCAAAACAAAGGCGGAAGGGGCAGAGGGGGCAGAGGGGAAGGCCGAGGACGAGGACGCGGACGCGGACACGGACGCGGCCAAGGCCAUCCAGGCUACUGGACCGGAAACAUAA